AUGUUCUAUGUUGGAAGUAACGAUACAAAAACAAUUGGGCGCCUUGUUCGUACAGACUUUUCAAAGGCGUUCGAUUGUGUAGACCAUACAAAAGCAAUCUCAAAAUUGGUGUCACUCGGAUGCAGAUCUGAAAUCCUACCAUGGAUUAUCAGCUUUAUAUCAAAUCGUACUCAAAGAGUCAAAUAUGAAGGAGUAAUAUCAAACAAUAUUAAUCUUACUUGUGGGGUACCCCAGGGUACAAAAUUUGGACCCAUUAUAUUUCUCGCCCUGAUUGAUGAUGCUUUAAAUGUACCCAAUUGUUCCACAUGGAAAUAUGUAGAAAAUCUUAGCAUAGGCGAAGUUGUAAACAAACUGUCCCAAUCACGAAUGAAAAAUCAUGUACAAAACUUAGUUGAAUGGUCUGAUGUCAACAAACUGAAGCUUAACCCAGGAAAAUGUAAAUCCAUGAAUUUUAAUUUUCAGAGACCUAAGGUUGACAUACCCCCAUUAAGAAUGUUGGAUCAUGUUUUAGAAUCAGUAUCUGAAACAAAGCUAUUAGGAGUUUGGAUCCAGAAUGAUCUCAAAUGA